GGCCAUCUUGUUUUUUCUAGCGUCCGCUGUCAGUUGAUGUUUGUGUCUUGUAAGUGAAGCACGUCAUUACAAUGCCGGAAGUACAUCCCGCGUUCGCUAAUUCUGGAAAAAAAGCUGGGAUCGAGAUUUGGAGGGUUGAGGAUUUCGAACCAGUGCCUGUACCCAGCCACCAGUAUGGAAACUUCUACAGCGGAGACUCGUACAUCGUGUUAAAGACGAGCGGUUCAUCAAAUCUAUCCUGGGAUAUUCACUUCUGGCUGGGAUCGAAGACAUCUCAAGAUGAAGCAGGUUCAGCCGCGAUCUUAUCAGUUAAUCUGGACGACGAACAGUUCCAAGGGAAUGCUGUACAGCAUCGCGAGACCCAGGGCUAUGAGUCCAGACAGUUCCUGAGCUAUUUUGAACCAGCUAUACGUUAUCUCGACGGCGGCCAUGCUUCCGGUUUCAACCACGUCACUGUGAACGCUGGCUCAGAGAAAAGGUUAUUCCAGAUCAAGGGCAAAAGAAACGUGCGAGUACGACAGGUGGAGGCUUCGGUGGCAUCUAUGAACAAGGGAGACUGCUUCAUCUUAGAUGUAGACCACCAGAUACUGGUGUACGUUGGAGACGGUUCUAAGAGCGUGGAGAGAAUGAAGGCUAUCACAGUCGCCAACCAGAUACGAGACCAAGAUCACAGCGGAAGAGGAAGUAUCGAAAUCAUUGAUCCUUACUCCAAUGAAGGGGAUGUCAACAAAUUCUUCACAGCCCUGGGCUCUGGAGACCAGGACUCCGUGUCUGACGCCGAAGACGGUGGUGAUGAUGAGGAAUUUGAACGCGGCGAGUCCAGGGAGGUCUGUCUCAGUGAAAUAUCAGACAGCUCGGGAUCAGUGAAAAUAAAAAAACUGGAUGCUCCUUACACAGCGGCGCUUCUUGAUACUAACGAGUGCUACAUACUGGACACCAGCUCUAGUAUCUAUGUGUGGGUCGGAAGACACUCCAAUGGAAGGGAGAAGGCGGAGGCUAUGAAGAAAGCACAUCAGUAUUUGGAGGCCAACAAUCAUCCGUCUUGGGUUCACAUCUCCAAGGUUGUGGAAGGCGCUGAACCUGCAGCAUUUAAACAACAUUUCCAGGAUUGGAACUGAUUUUAUAUAUAUAUAUAUGUUGUUAUAUAAGCACAAUUCUGUAAUGCACAAAUACAUGUAAUUCAGAACAAAAA